GCGUAUGAGAGACGGGGACGGCUGAGGCCCACGACCAGUCGCCCCGUUGACGUUUCCAUUUCCGCCACUCCACAGUCCACACCGAAAUCAGAUCCAAAUCCCACCACACCAAUCCAUCCGCCCCCAUCUCCAUCCCCGUCGCCCGAUCCGAUCCGGUCCGGUCCCUCGCCAUGGCACCGUCGUUCUGGGGCCCCGAGUUCCCCCCGCAGCCGGCGGCGGUGUUCGAUGACCUCGCGCUCGUGGAGGCGGAGGACGCGUACGAGGGCGAGGGGGACGAGCAGCAUGAGCACGGCAGCGACGGGGAAGUCGUCCCGAUGGACAUCGAGGACCUGGAGGAGGCGCAUCUCUCCUGCGGCUGCGGCCGCAACCUGCUCACCCUGUGCUUCCGGGGCGUUGUGCACAUCUUCAUGUCCGCCUCCCCUGACAAGGUGUCGCAGGUGGAAGCUGCACUUUCGCUGCAGGGGCGAUUGGAUCCGGCGGACUCUACCACUGUGCCGCCCGCCGCGCGCAACACGCUCACCAUGAUCUUCCGGGGCCAGGAGUGCAGUUUCGACUCUGUAACCCCUGAUGAGGUGCAAGAUGUACUUUUGUCGCUCGCGGGAAGGGAGCUGAUGGUCCCUAGGAUUGAGCUCAAAAUGGAGUUCCUGCACGGGAGCUACGACUUCGACUCUGUAUCCCCUGAUAAGUUGCAAGCUGCACUUCCGCUGCUGGGGGGAAUGGAUCUGACGGUCUCUACGGCUCUGCCAUGUGCCAACAACCAGCUCACUGAACCCUUGAUAUGCUGGAUCGACGUGUUCGACCCUGUAUUCCCUGAUAAGAUGCAAGCUUUACUUUCGCUGCUCGGGGGAGACGAGCUCAACCCAGGCAUUGGUGGUGGAGCAUCACCAUCAAUUCCAUACAGACUAUUUUUACAGUCUAUAAACCAUGUUUGGUAAGAUUAUGUGCUGGAUGAUUCACAUGCGGCAGAGGUCGAAUUUACCCUGCUUCAGAGGUUGAAUUUUCCACAGUGGUGGCACCAUUGAUGAGAUUUAGGGAGAAGCUGAAAAAGCAGGACUUUGUUAAGAAGAUCUGUUAUACUACUGUUUGGAAGAAACUUGCACUAAGGAUGCAGCGCAGUAGAUGCCAAUUUACAUCUUCAAGGCCAAAACCUGAUAAAUCAGCAUCCAAGUUGGUAACUCCAGAUGGCUCCGCAAAUAGGGAAUUAGUGGAGGCUCGAUGUCUGUCUGCUGCCGAGUAAGGAUGCAGCGCAAUAGAGACCAAUACAUCUUCAAGACCAAGACCUUAUGAAGCAACAUCAGAACUUGGCAACUCAAAUAAGGGAUUAGUGGAGGGUCGACCUCCGUUGGGUAAGUAUAUUUUUUGGCCUCGAACUCUUCCAAAAGUGAAGAAAUCGUCCCUCAACUUCAAAACCACCAAAAUUCAGUCCCUCAACUAUUUAAACCGGAUACUUUUCGUCCCUAAUAACGUUUAAGGUGGUUUUACUGUGACGUGGACCCUGUUUUGACUAAAACGGGCCACGUGGGCUGGUUUUGACCUCCAGGUCAAUCAAGUGACUAAGGGCACCCGCUGGCUCUCUCUCUCGCUUUCGCAUUCUCUCGAUCCCUUUUCCCAUUCACGAACCCUAAAUAGAGCGGUGGCGGCGGGCUGUGAGGCGUGGCUACGGCGGCGUGGCCUGCCAGUGAUUGAGGCGCGGUGGUUGCUGGCUGAGCACGGUGGCUGUGGUGGUGGCUGCUAGGGCAUGGCGGCAGCGACCUUGAGCACGACCAGUUCUGGGCGGCGGCGGCGAUUUAGGCAGCGGCUGCGGUGGUGAUUCCCUCAUGGGCGGCGGUGAUUGAGGCCCGCGGUUGCUGGUUGAGCAUGGUGGCGGCUGCGCUGUGAAAUCCAGUUCAUCCUUUACUGUCAAUGUUACCUCCGGCCCGGCAAGUUCCCAAGUUGGCGGAAAUUAAAGAGCAAAGAAAGUGCCAGCAAAACUACCAGACUAGUGCUUGUUUGCUGUUGUCUGUUCUUAUGUCAGACCAUGUGAGAAUUCAUGUUUGUCAUUGAUUCUAAGCUAUAUUCAGUACUAUUUCCCUUUCCCAUUUAGUACUUUGUCAGACUAUGUUAAACUAAAUUGGGUCGAGAAUGUGUUCAGACUAUUUUCAAUUAAAUUGUGUUCAGACUAUGUUCAGCUAAAUUCAGUACAAUGCUCUGAAAUGUCCAAACUAUUUUCAGUUAUAUUCAGAUUUUGAUAAGCUAUAUUCAGUGCAAACACUUUCCUUUUCUCUUGGUUCUCACUUGUACACACGCGCACACACAUACUCAUGCACAAACACUUAAUUGAUGUGGCAGUCAAAACCAGUGUAUGUGGCCCGUUUCAGUCAAAACAGGGUCCACGUCAAAAUAAAACCACCUCAAGUGUUAUGACGAACGAAAAGUAUCCGGUUUAAAUGGUUGAGGGACGAAAAGUAUCUGGUUUAAAUAGUUGAGGGACUGACUUUGGGUGGUUUUGGAGUUGAGGGAUGAUUUCUCAACUUUCAAAAGACUUCCGAGGAUGAAAAAUUUACUUAUCCCACCUCUGUCUGCUGCUGAGUGCUGAGUAAGUUAAUAGAGGCCAAUGUACUUUGCUGCUAUUGGUUUAUAUGUAUUUGAAUUUUCCAGCAACAUUUUAGAUGCUUUCUGUGGGAUUUGGCAGCUAUGCGUUGAGCCGUUGAGGAUCAUUGCUAUGCUUGAAAUAAUUGAUCUAGUAUGUCAUAGUAGGUGCCACAAAAGAAACACGAUUCUUGCAAAUACUUAGUGCAGUUGGCGUCUACACAUCAUCAUAGUAUAUAGUUAGCUUUUUUUAGUCUAGCUUGUCUCUUUCCUGGGAUAUUCAGUUUUGUUUACUUUGUUAGUUGUGCAAGCAGGAUUGAUAUGGACUGAAGGCAUUAUCUGAUACCUAGCAUACAUGGAGAGAUGCUUCUUUCCAUAUGAUAUUGUUAUUGCUAGUUCUUACCUUUUUGGUUUCUUAAGCCUCAUCCCAAAUCCAGAAGCCUGAGAACUGUGGUACACAGAUUUUAAGGGUGAGUAUCAGGAGGGAGUGGCUUGCUCAUUAAUAAAUUCGGAUGUCCUUGGCACCCUCGUCUCCAUGGGAGAUGUAAAGUUAUCUUGGUCAUGAUCAUCUUAAUGAUUUCCUGGGUUCCUAGUUUUUUCUUAUUCCUAUGAAUCAAACACCCAACUCUACAAAAUUCAUGUGUUUUGUGAUUCUUUAUUUUGCGCAUGCUUUCGUAUCCUAUUUUUUUGGUUUCCUGUUCCUAAGUUUUUUGAAUCCUGCGAACCAAGAGGCCCUUAGUGGGAUAUGGUUCUGUUCUGGUGGUGGCUUUGGUUACCGUGUGCCUAUGGAAGACCUCAUUGGGCGAGGAGAGCUUGGGAAAUUUAUAUCAUGUGCCUAUUGAAGGCCUCAUUUGCCGAUGAGUGCUCGGGAUGAUCCUUUCCAGUGUCUACUUGUAAGCUGAGGACACAAAUCUCUCAGUAUGUUGUGAACAUAUUAUGAUACAUCAGUUUGAUUUGUCCUCUUGCUGUGGGAGUUAGGAUCAUAUUUGAUUUUCUUUCUUGAGCAAGCAGUUAGCCAAAAUCUUUUACCGCGUAUGGCCGGCUUCUUUGUGUUUCAUUACUCAUUAACGAGAUGGAACUUGUAUAUAAAAAGGUCACCUGUUUUGAAUAAAAAGACAGAAUCCCGGUAUCUUAUA